CUCCCGAUCAUUUUGAGUACCCGGAAGAUCGAACGCUAUCGGGGCUUUGGCGUUUAAACUUAGUUACCACGUAUCCCGAAAGACGGAGGUGAACGAGGCAGGUUGAUAUAUAGAAACGCCCGCGUUUUCCGGAUGAAAACCAUAUAAUCUAUGGCUGCCAACGGGACAAAUCUACAGAAAGCUAUUGACCUUGCCAGCAAGGCAUCUCAGGAAGACAAAGCAGGGAACUAUGAAGAAGCUCUCCGAUUAUAUCAACAUUCUGUUCAGUAUUUUCUUCAUGUGGUAAAAUAUGAUGCACAAGGAGAAAAGGCUAAAGCGAGCAUAAGAGCAAAGUGCAUAGAAUACCUGGACAGAGCAGAACAGCUUAAGGCAUACCUAAAGAAAAAAGAAAAAGCUCCUGCAAAGCCAGUCAAAGAAGGAGCACCUAGAUCUGCUGAUGACAAAGGAAAUGAGAGCGAUGAAGGAGAUUCAGAAGACCCUGAAAAAAAGAAAUUACAGAGUCAGCUUCAAGGUGCCAUUGUUAUGGAGAAACCAAAUGUUAAAUGGAAUGAUGUAGCUGGAUUAGAAGGAGCAAAGGAAGCUCUCAAGGAGGCUGUAAUCUUACCAAUAAAAUUUCCUCAUCUGUUCACAGGCAAGAGAACUCCUUGGAGAGGAAUUCUUUUGUUUGGACCUCCAGGGACAGGAAAGUCCUAUCUAGCCAAGGCUGUAGCAACAGAGGCAAAUAAUUCUACAUUCUUCUCAAUAUCCUCAUCUGACCUUGUUUCAAAAUGGUUAGGAGAAAGUGAAAAAUUGGUGAAAAACUUAUUUCAGCUUGCCAGGGAACACAAGCCAUCAAUUAUCUUCAUUGAUGAAAUUGACUCCCUUUGUGGGUCAAGAAGUGAGAAUGAAAGUGAAGCUGCACGACGUAUUAAAACAGAGUUUCUAGUCCAGAUGCAAGGCGUUGGAGUGGAUAAUGAAGGCAUUUUGGUCUUGGGUGCCACAAAUAUACCAUGGGUGCUAGACUCUGCCAUCCGUAGACGGUUUGAGAAACGAAUUUACAUUCCUCUGCCUGAAGAGCAUGCAAGAGCAGAUAUGUUUAAACUCCACCUUGGAACAACACCACACAGCCUUUCAGAAGCAGACUACAGAGAGCUUGGGAAGAAGACUAAUGGAUAUUCUGGGGCUGAUAUUAGCAUCAUUGUGAGAGAUGCCCUGAUGCAGCCUGUCAGGAAAGUUCAAUCAGCCACACAUUUCAAAAAGGUACAAGGGAAAUCUCCUCUUGAUCCAAAUGUUACACGGGAUGAUCUGCUUACCCCAUGCUCACCUGGAGAUCCAAAUGCCAUUGAAAUGACUUGGAUGGAUGUUCCAGGGGACAAGUUAUUCGAGCCAGUUGUAUGCAUGUCUGACAUGCUGAAGUCACUCGCUCACACAAAACCAACUGUUAAUGAGGAAGACCUUGCAAAAUUAAAGAAAUUCACAGAAGACUUUGGACAGGAAGGUUAAAAAGACCAAAAUAAUGCAGGGCAAUUGCGAUGAGCGUUCUUUCUCUUGCUUAGGAAUUCUUGCCUCAGUAUAGAUGGCACACCAAAUAAUUGCCAAUAUCGCAUUUCUCAAGUAAUGUGGAUAUACAUGCCUUUUUUCAGGGUUCUUGCAUUUUCCAAAAUCAGUAGAUGUCUGUAUAGCAUUUAUUGACAAUAUCACUACAACAUGCAGUACAACAUAAAUAUAUCCAUGUCAAAGUGAGAAUUAGUAGCAAUAAUACACUAUUCUAUGAAAUUUGACUAAAACAUAACUUUUUCUUAAAAAAAAAAAAAACACAUUUCUGGUAAUGUGCUGUAUACAGAUUAAUAAAGGCCUGGUGAUCUUUAAGAAGAGUAUCUUCAGACCUAUAUUAAACAUCCUCAAUGUUAAGAUCUACAGUUAGAUAACUGGUGUUAAGUUGCUGUCACCUGCAUUCUAAAAGCAAAAAGAAUGCAUUGUUAUUUAGUCUUUGUAGUGGAAAGCUUUUUUUUUUUUCCAAAUAAAUUGUACUAUUCUAGUUAUUUUCUUACAAAUCAGGGACCACAAAUCCUCUCCCAGUUGUAUUCCUUAUGUUGUACAUAUGUUACAUACGGUCUGAGAAAAUGUAUGUUUACAUUUAUAAGUCUGUACAAAUGUAAUCCCAUUAAAAAUAAGAACUAUAUACACACAACAUAGAGUGAGUGUGUGUGUAUAUAUAUAAUAUACACACACAUACACAUUAUUUUAGGAGACAAAGCAAGAGUGAGAACAGCUGAAAUCUUACUUAUAGCACUGCAGAUUUUCUUUUGUCUUUACCGAUUUGGAAAGCGUUUUUGUUUUUUUUUUUCUAGAGCAAAAAAAAAAAUAGUGAACUUAUUUAUAGAUUCUUUAGUGUCAAUGAAUGUAUUUUACCACACUUCCAGAAUUGACUUUUGACUUUGUGCCUUGUAAAUAAAAAAAAAAAAAGUUACACUUUGAUAUACAAAAUGCAAUGUAUUCCUAAAUCUUUCUUGUUUGUUGCCUCGUCUCUGUAUAUUGGCUUGGACCUCUGCAAUCAACUGAGAUUCCAACACUGAGCAGGUUAUUAAAGAGUACCUGUAUUUUAAAUACAAGCUCAGUGACAGAUGUAUUUUUCCUUGAUUUCUCCAUUUUGUUUCUCCACGCCUAAAUGGAAAUAGAUAAAAUUAUAACGAAUAGGCAGUCAAUAAUGAUCAUACGUCACAAGAUCACUCAGGUGUACAGGGAAAUGAAGAGAGAGCCUUUGUUAUCCUACUCGGAUGCUUUUUUUCAACUUGCAGAAUGACUGCAGACUGCAGACUGUAGAAACUAAGAAAUUCUAGAAAAUAACCAUACCUACAUCAUUCCUUUUUUCCGUUCUUCAAAUAAAUUAAUCUUGAACUUCAGCUCCACAGAUGAAAAGUGUUUCUUUUUUUUUUUUGGUUGUUUCUUGUUUUUAUUUUUUUGUUAUUUUUUUUCCUUAACAGGUUUAAGGUUUAUGGCGGUCAUGGGUUCUGAUCUUUCAUUUAUGGUGUCCGUAACUUUAUGUGCUGUCUUUAAAUAAUAAACUCCUAUUUUCACUAAA